GCCACAUGUCUAGCCCGAUAUAAAUAAAGCUAACCUCAAAAUAAACGACACCGUCGUUUUUCUUGUGAGCCUUUGGAAAAUGACGAGAAAGCCCGGUUUUCUCUAACAUCCACGCAGUGAAGUCAACGACUGAAGUCUAAAAAUACGUAAGGCGAUAUGCCACAGAAAAAUUGCCCAAUUUAGAAACUCUACAGCGAAUCCCUUCUAAAUAUAACUUUAACAUUUUCGUGGAGCGCAUUUCAGUGUCUUUUAAAUGUUCCCCAAGUGAAGAACGUCGGUAAAUAGUACAGGAAAGUUAUUUUGGAAUCUAAACAGUGUUCAACUACCAUGGCGGGGGAGGUGUCUGAAGCGGUAAAGAAGUGUUGUAACCUUUUGAAAAAUUCGCCUGGUGAUAAUGAAAAAUUUGCCGCACUAUUCAUGGUUACCAAAUUGGUGAAAGGAAAACACGCCACACCGGCAGCUAGAAUUGCUAUCUUCGAAGCUAUAGGAUUCGACUUUCUUCGGCGACUGUUGCUGACUGAGGAUGUUCCUGUGGACUGCCCUCCGUCCAUCUACAAGUCCGUGGCUUUGAGUAUUCUCACUGUCUUUUGCUCCGAAGAACAACUUGCCACCAAAAAGGAAAUGCUGGAUUUAAUCCCUGUUUUCCUCGACAUAGUAAAAUCAGCGGAUGACAGUGAAAACGACGAUAACCUGAUGGCCAUUGGGGAGGCCUACAACUGUCUAAAAGGGCUGGCUCUUUAUGCCCCAGGACAAAAGGCUCUGAUCGAUGCAGGUGCUAUUGAUAUUCUCAGUGAAAUUUAUGCCAGUGCCAGCUUUCAGUCUGAUGAAGCGCUGAAUAUUAUGGGCCUGCUUGUAGCAAAGAAAGGGGCUUUAUCGUGGGACCCCAAAGAUCCUAAAGCUUUCCAUGCCAUUGUCAACAAAAUUGCCUUAGAUUUUGAGACUGAUCAAGAUAAAAGAAAGUUCGAGCUAGCUGAGUGUCUCAAUGCCAUCAUAUUCAACUGCCCUAGGAAAGUGGUCUCCGAGAGUGCCGCUAUUGAGACCUGGCCGCAAAGUAUCUACAAAGGUCUGACUGACAUAUUACAGAGCAAAGUCGGUGCUGCUCAAAGGAAUCCUGCGCUAAUUUUAACUUCAAGCAUGUUGGAUUUACUAGGGGUUGAAUGGAUUUUUACCGAUGAAGAAAAAGGUAAACAAAUAUUUCUAUUAAUGAUACAGCUAGCUGCUAUCGAAGUAAGAAUGCAGUUAGAUGGGAAGACACUAAAAGGCACUCAAAAUAAUCAAAACCUUAUAACUGCUUGCUAUAUAAUUUUGGAAUUGUCCUUAAAUUUCAUUGCUCAAGACACAAUAGACAUAGACCAAAAGGAACGACAAAGUAUGUAUACUGCUCUCAAGGGUGCUUUCACCGCUGUGAUAAAUCUUUUACUCAAAGUAACUCAAGAGAAAAACAAGCCUCAAGGCGAAGACAAACUUUUUGUGUGUGCUACCAUCAGAGUGUUAGCUGCCUGGUUAGCCCAAGAAACUACAUCGAUGAGGGACCAAAUCUAUAAAUUGUUACCCUUUAUGCUGGAUAAUGCAUUUGAUAGUUUCCAUGCCUAUAAAGCUCGCAGAAUUGCCGAAAAAUCUGGACAACUUACUGAUAUCAAUCCACUAGGCCAGGUGGAUCUUCUCAGAGUGUUAUUGCCGGCUCUUUGCCAUUUGGCUGUAGAAGACGAAUCCAGAGCAAUCAUUUUGAAGGCAGGCGGUGAUGCAAUUUUAGUGGAGUCUUUGGAGUUUCAUUGGACCAUAGUGAAUUAUAAAAGACCUCCAAUUCCAAGAGCAGAAAGGCUCAAAGCCCUCAGUCAGCCAAAGCCUGAAUUGACCCCAGAGGUUCUUGAAGAUAUGAAAGAUGCAAGGCUGGCAAUGAUCAGUGCCUGCAACGUUUUGAUGAACUUAACGGUCUUAGAAGCGAAAUAUGUUGAAAACAGCCCAAUUUUUAAUAACCUGCUUAAGUUCAUUUUUGAAAACCUGCCAGAACUGAAAGAUAUUCCAGAAAAUCUGGUCUUGCAUGGAAAUCUUGCUGUUCUAGGUUUGCUUCUACUUAAACAGCUGUCUUCUAAAGUAAAGAAGAACGAUUUUUCGAUAACUCGUUUUGUGCAGGCAACAAUUCGCUUUUUAUGGGAUGCCUACAUAAUAGACGAGUCUAAUGACCCAACCGCUCUAGUUGUAGCGAUGUCAUACAAAGAACACUGGAUCGAAAUGAUGGAACUGUGGUUUUUGGGCAUGCAGACUUUGGCUGGAAUCAUUGCUCAAAUUCCGUGGAUAAGCGAUUUUAUCAUAGAAUCUGGAUGGGCAGAAGGGAUUGUGCAGUUGUUGAAAAAAGUCAAGAUCGGCACUCUUCCAACCAACGUAAAAUCCGCCUUUGAGGACUUUCUUUGCCAUCUAGUUGACGCAAAUGAGAGUGUAGUGGAAGUUUUGAAAAAAGCGGAAGCUCUGCGUGUUUGUCGCAAUCAUCGGCUUAUGGAGUUGGGAAAAAAAUUGUUUGGUGAUUAAAGCAGCUUUAUGUAUUUUGUAUAACAUUUUUCUAAUUAUUGGUCAUUUUCUAUGGUUGUACAUAUAUUUGAACUUUAAUUUUAUUGUUUACUAAUUGAUCGGGCUUAUAUGUUGAUGCGCCUGCUGUAUCAAACUUGCUGUAGUUAAUAUGUUGUUUUAUCAUAAAAAGAGCAAUAACAUCUUUUGUUGUAUUUUA